AUAUAGCACAUUGCAUUUAGGCGGCGGCCCAGUCAGUUGCCCACCCGCUCAAGAAGCCAGCGAAAAUGGCGUCCUCUUCCUCCUCCGCCUCGUCGCCGCUCCUACCUCGCCGAGGCCACCAGCUCCAGGAGCCAGCCAUGGCCGCGUCCCAGAUGCGGUGCGGGGGCAGGAGGGAGAACCAGGUGGUGGUGGAGAAGGGGCUUGUGCAGAGGUGCGCCGAGACGAUGAUGCUGUGCUGCGGCGUGGAUUGCUGGUGCGGCGCGCUGCGGCUGUGGCGCAGGGUGGUGCUUCGCAAGUGGCUCAACGUCGGCUCCGGGUCGGGCGACUCCGACUUCAGCGCCGACGAGUGCGACGCCAGCGACGGCGAGCUCGACGGCGAAGACAGGGAUAAUGAAUCAUAUGGUGAAGGGACGAGUUUAGAUGGACUUGGUGCAGGAACAAUUGGGGAUGAAAUUAAAUCUAUGCCUUACAGGCUUAGAAGACGCAAAUCAGAGACCCUUCGCGCUCAGUAUAUUGACAUCAGAGAACUCAGGAUUUGUGUAGGGACAUGGAAUCUUGCAGGCAAGUUUCCACCCAGUGAUCUGGACAUUCAAGACUGGUUGGAUAAGGAGGAGCAGGCUGAUAUUUAUGUUCUUGGAUUUCAAGAAAUUGUUCCAUUAAAUGCUGGAAACAUAUUUGGUUCUGAGGAUAACAGUCCAAUUGCAGUAUGGGAGCAUAUUAUUCGUGAAACUUUGAAUAAGAUUUGUCCAGAUAAGCCGCAGUAUAAAUGUCACAGUGAUCCUCCUUCACCAUCAAGGUUUAAUCCAUCAGAUUAUGUUAUGGUGAUGAAAGAUGAAUUGCUUAGCGAGUCUGACAGUGACAAUUAUGGUGAGCUUCAUCCAUUGAUUAAACAAAAUGAUGAUAUAGCUAUUGACAAUGAUGUAGUUCAUGAUAAAACAUAUGAAAACUUCAGUGCUGCUUCCAACGGAAGAGUUCAUAAAGGCAAAGAUUUCAGCAGGAUGGAUUCAGUAAAGACUUCUGAUCAGUCCCCCAACUUAAGUUAUGAAAAAGACAGAUCAAAACUGGAAGAGACAACCAAAUUACUCUAUCAUCCAGAAAGGCUUGGAAUGAUUUGGCCUGAACAGCCAUUGGAUAUGAUGGCUCAGUGUCUUCGGGCUAGCACUUCACUGAAGGCUCUAGCAACUCCAGCAUCUUUGAAAUCAACAGUGAAUUUUCCAAAUGAUGAUUUAUCCCAUCAAGUUAACAGUGACAAUGGAGUGAUUAAAAGUAAAAGGCCAUGCUUUCUGCGAAUAGUAAGCAAGCAAAUGGUGGGAAUAUAUCUUUCAAUAUGGGUUCGGAGAGACUUGCGGAAGCACAUUCAGAAUUUGAGAGUAUCAACUGUCGGUGUAGGUGCAAUGGGUUAUAUGGGCAACAAGGGGUCAAUAUCAGUCAGCAUGUCUAUACAUCAGACACAUUUUUGCUUUGUAUGUUGCCACCUAACUUCUGGAGAAAAGGAUGGCGAUGAACUGAAAAGAAAUGCAGAUGUUGAAGAAAUCCUCCGAAGAACAGUAUUUAACCCACUUCCUGGACUUAGCACGCCUAAGGGAAUAUUGGGUCAUGAAAGGAUCAUAUGGUUUGGAGAUCUCAACUACCGAAUCAACUUAUCAUAUGAAAGAGCACAUGAACUUAUCUCCAAGCAAGAUUGGGAUGGAUUGUUUGAGAAUGAUCAGCUAAAAAGAGAAUUGAGUAAAGGACACACUUUUGAUGGUUGGAUCGAAGGAGAUAUCAGCUUCCCCCCAACAUAUAAAUACGAGUUUGACUCAGAAAAGUAUGUAAGUGAUGAGCCAAAAUCUGGAAGGAGAACACCAGCAUGGUGUGAUAGGAUUCUUUCACGAGGAAAGGGAAUCAGGUUAAUUUCCUACAGGAGAGGAGAGCUUAAGCUUUCUGAUCACCGCCCUGUGACUGCAGUCUUCAUGGCAGAUGUUGAGGUUCUCUGCCACAGAAAGUUGCAGAAAGCAUUAACAUUUACGGAUGCAGAGGUUGAGUAUCAUCUGGUAACGGAAGAAGAUAGAACUUGAGUGAAAAUAUAUAUAUUUGAUUGUGCAGGCAAGUUCUUCAGCUGAAGGUCGCUGAAUAACCUGCCUGAUUUUGCUGUUCACAAUUGUAAAAAAAAAAGGAGUUAGUACUAGGUAAAUGCAUAGCUGGAUGAUUUACUAUAGCUAUAGGUUUUCUUCUGAAAAGUGUAUAGCGUUUUUUUUUUUUGAUCAUAAGUGUAUAGCGUUCUUGUUUCUUUUGAAAACUGUAAAUGAUUACCACACGGGUGUACCCCUUCUCUGUUUGAGCCUAA